GAGGGCUCCGGAGUCGCGGCCCCAUUAUGGUCAGCCAUGGCGUGGCUGCCGGGCGGGCUGGCCGAGCUGCGCUGGGGCGCGCUGGUCGCCCUCUUCGUGGCGGCGGUGGCCACGCUGGCCGUGUACCUGGUGCAGUACGCGCUGCUGGCGCUGCGGAGGGGCCGCCCGGCGCCGGCCGCCGCUGCCCCGGUGCGGCGGGACGAGCUGCUGGAGGAGGGCGGCUCGGUGCUGGCCUGGGCGCUGUCGCGGGGCAGCUGGAGGCGGCAGUGGCGGCGGGCCUGGGUGGCGGCGCUCCGAGCCGAGGCGGCGGAGCGGGCGGAUUCCCAGUUGCUCACGUUUGAGGAAGACGACCCAGCAGAACCACUUGAGCUAGCAAUUAAAGAAGUUACCAGUGUUGUAAAGUCAGCUGAAGAGAAGGUGGUCUCUUGCAACGUUGUGGGAGAUUCUGUUAAAUUCCUGGUUGCUGUCUCAGCCUCUCCACCUGCGGCGGCCGAAGCUCAGUCGUAUUUUGUGAAGCUGUCCCCUGUCCACUUGCAGCUUCAGCUCUAUGUGAAAGACAAAGGAGAAGAUGUCAAAGUUGAGUGGUUCCUCAUUAACACCAAUGAAAUCAACUUUGAAAUCCAGCCAGCAGUGCAGGAGGAGCAGACAGCAGGGACAUGUGCAAUAUCUGAAACGCUCAGAGAUGUCUUGAAGAACCUCUUCAGCUCAGCUUCUCCAUCUGUCGUGUUGAGUGUGAGGCCUGCAGAUACAAAGGAGGUUCAGAAUGUACAGAGCACGAGCCUUCUCCCUCAGGGCACAAGUCCUCCCAAACCUCCAAGGGCUCAUGAGCUCAAGCUGCUGGUGAGGAACAUCGCGGCGAAGCUGAGCGAUCUCCGUGCUGCAGGCAGCACAGACCUUGUGUGUAUAGUUCAGUUGAAUGACCCUAUGCAGAAGUUUUCCAGCUCUGUAGCCAAAAAUGCUGCACAUCCCUUUUGGAAGGAAGAGUUUAUCUUUGAACUAAGUGCCAAAUCCAAAGCAUUGCAACUGCAAAUAGUAGAAGAUGGAAAGUUGGAUAGUCCUUUAUGUGGGAGUGUGACUGUACCUCUAGACCUGUUCAGGAAACAGCCCUGUGGCCAGCACAGCUUUGCCCUGAUCAGCGAGCCCAGGGAGAGCAGCUCAGAGCCAGGGCCUGGGCUGGGAUCCAUCAGUGCAGAGUUCUCUUUCAUAGAACCCAGUGAGCUGAAGGCAAGGCAGGUCUCCUCUCCAGUGCUGGCCACCAAGAUCGAAAAGGAUCGCACUGUGAUGCCCUGUGGGACUGUGGUCACCACUGUCACUGCUGUGAGAACCAAACCUCGUCUGGAAGGGAGAUCAUCCCCCCUGAGCACAGAUUCUCCUGUGAAAACUCCAGUUAAAGUAAAGGUGACUGAAAAGGAUUUCACUGUUGAAGCCCUCCAUUCUCAUGGUGCUCCAGUCAGCAAAACUUUGUCAUCUUCAGAUACAGAGCUGCUGGUACUGAACGGCACCGACCCUGUGGCAGAGGCGGCCAUUCGGCAGCUGAGCGAGUCUGCAAAGCAGAAGCUGAAGUCUCCUCGAAAGAAAAGCACCAUUAUCAUAUCAGGGGUGUCCAAGACCUCUUUAUCUCAGGACAGUGAAGCUUCACUGAUGAUGGACUAUGCUGCAGCCAUGGACAGCUCCUGCAGGGAAGCAGAUCCACCCUCUGUGGAAGAAGCUGUUGCAAAGAUCACCUCUGAUGAAAAGCAGUCACUGGGUGCUUCAGAACAAGACCCUGGUACCGACCCACAGCAAAGCACCCACAAGGCCUGGGGUUUGGAGAAUGGCAGCCAGCAGUGGGACACCAGCACACUCUUAGACCAGACCUCUGAAGAAAUAUCUGGGAGUUCAUUAAGUGUUUCAGAAACUGGCAGCAUGAAAAAGUCUAAAGGUGGGAUUUUGAAGAAAAGCGCGAAGCUGUUUUUCCGCCGGCAGCAUCACCAGAAGGACCCAGGAAUGAGCCAGUCCCACAAUGACCUGGUGUUCCUGCAGCAGCCUCUGUCAGAGGAGAGCCGCAAGAAGGGGGGGACACUCUCACGAAUUCUGAGCAAGAAGCUCCUUUCCAGGAACAAGAGCAAGAGCAAACUGAACGGUGCCUCGGGAGAGCCGUACCUAUAAACCCAAACCCCCUCCGAUGGGAUCCCUGCUCACCAGCUGAGCACUUGUUUACAGAGCAGUACUAGAGAAUACAAAUAUGGCUGAUGACUUGCAUAAAAGGAUGUUCACUAUUAACAGUGGGUUUUUUUUGGUUUAUUUUUCCAAAACGCUGCUUCUUUCUGAUGAUGAAGUCGCUCCUCUGAAUACGAGCAGUGCCGAAUGUGUCCUGACAGCUUUUGGAGGAGCAUGUGGUUUCUUGUUGAAGAGGAGGGAGGAUGGGGAAUGGUGCAGGUGGUGACCAAGAAGGCACCUGAUGUCCUGGGGUGCACUGGGAAGAGAAUUUCCAGCAGGCUGACCCAUCCUGCAGGAAGGACCACAAUGUGACCACCUGAUUGACAUCAAUAGGAGACUCAGAACUGAAACAUCACACCCAGUUCAUGCCACUGAACCUCUACAGAGAGAGAAGACCCCACUGCGCUCCCUCACUGCAGCCUGCAACAUUAGCAACUGAUUUUUCUAGUCAGACUGAAAAGAGGGGGAAAAAGAGGCCCAGAUCUAGUUUGUGUUGUAGUUUGGAAGCGGGUGAGUGUUCAGAAGCAGAAGGAAAACGCUGACUCAGAUAUCCUACUGUAAUAACUGUAGCCUGCUUUAAUCACUGCUCAGCCCCUGUAGGUGGAGAGAUGCCUUUGACAUUAGCCAUAAAUCAAUAACUUAUGCAAAUACCAAUACUAGCAUAUUGUUUCAUGUUCUGCUUAAAAGGAGUUAUGCUUAAAAAAAUAGAAUUUGGUUUUUUAUUUUAAAAAUCUACUUGAAGCUAUUUGCAAAAUCUUACAUGUAGCUUUUCUUCCCUGUGUGAGAAGCUGUAUUGGUGAUGCAAAAACUCAUCUUAGGGGCUCUAAUUCCUUCUCCCAAGUACUUGUUAGACAAAUACAUAAACCAUCAUAUCAAAUGCAAAGCUAGAGCAGUAAAUGGUGAAUAGAGCAUAGUCAAACCUACAGUGCUUUUCAUUGGAAAGCUUGUCUCACUUGCCAAACACUUACUGAGAUCUUAAAAUACACAGUUGUGAAGAAAGCUUUUGAAAAAAUAUUAAUUCCCCUAGUUCAGGUUCUAGAUCUACCAGUGUUUUCAUGUGCUGAGUGGCUGGUUGGUCAGAUGAAUUUUUUUAACCUUCUUUCCUUGCUAAAUAUUUCAGCUGCCUCCUUUAGUCUAAAAUGAAAAACUGAUGGGAGUAAAGGUAUAGUUCUCAUUUUGGCUAUGAAGAAGAGUAAAAUGUCAGUAUUUCACAGGUACCAUUUUUCAUGCUUUACCUGUACUUUUCCAUCAUUGACAUUCCUGCUGAGGACAAAGGACUAAGCCUGUUCUCUUCAGCCAAGAAAAACAUCCAUUCAUUCCAACUAAAUUAAUGAAGUGAAUGGAUGAUAGACCUUGUGCCUACUUUGCCAACAGUGAUUUUUUGCCCCUGGCCCCUUUCCUCCCUUUAAGCUAUCCAACACUUUGGCAGAUAUUUGUGCUUUCAACUUAAAGCAUUCAUCAAAAAUAGAAAGUUAAUGAAGACUAGAAAUACAUUUCAAAUUUCAAAUUUUUGAAGGACUCUGGUAAUAUCAAAGUAGAGAGGUUUGGUUUCUUUUUUACCAAGAAAAUAUUGGAACUGAAUUGUCAAAAUAUUUUAACUAUUUAAAAAUACUGUUUAUGUGUAACCUCCUGAGAUCACUGUGGUAGUACAGUAGACCAGACUAUCAAAUAGUUGUACGUUUAAGCAUGCUGCUUGUUAUGAAAACACUUGAAGGCAUUUUAAUGUUCUGUAUUUUGAAAAUUGGGUACAAAUGAAUCUUCUGGAGCUGUAUUGUGCUUGGAAAUCCCAGUUCAGUAAUACAGGUUUGUCCAGCCUGAAUGUGCCUGAACAGUUUUGUUUAUUUCUAAUUGAAAACAAAGUAGAAAUUUUGUUUCUUCAUUUGUUCUACAGUGGUUGAUGAUGUGAGCCCAUGAUUAAAACCCCUGAUGCCAUGUUCCCUCAAGAGACACUUUUUCUCUUGAUUUUACCAGGAACUCUCUGUGUUAUAGGGUAGGAUUGGGGCCAAGUCCCUGCCAUUUUUAAAUGCUCAGUCCUUGUUGCUGAAGGAUAAAACUACAAAUUCAAGAAAUCUGAAUAAAAUUGAGCUCCAUGGGUAGCACAUCCAUACAAAAAAACAAAGAGCUGUGGAAUUGGGAAUGUAGAGGCAGCACAUAACAUUACUUGAAAUCUUCAUAAAUUACUGAGCUGGGAUUUUAAUUUACAGAAGCUUUAGCAUGUACUGUAGAACAGGGUGAAAUAACACUGAGUAACUUGCAGGAUACAGCACUAGGAUUUGCUUGUAACUUACCCCAGAGAACGGAUACACAUGAAAAAAGUGGUUCAUCUUAAGGUCUUGAUGAUCACUUGAAUGCUUGUCUUGAUGGUGGGAAUGAAGAACAUUCUUUACUGCAAACUGUGUGAAGGUUUGGGCUCACAUGUGUUGAGAAGGAAUUCUUCAGAUGAGGAGGGCAAGGCGUUUGGUGUAAAAAGGGAAUCUGUUUUUUUUAUUUGCCUUCACUCCUCAGGAAAAUAAACAUUGUUUGGUUUGAUGUUGGAUCUCUGUAUCUGGCAGCUGUGUUCCUCACCUCUUCUUACUCCUCUGCAAAUAAUUUAUGUCCUGCUGUAAGAACAAGCUAAGGCACUAAACAGAAAGGGACAAUUGUGCUGUUCAGUUGUGACAACCCCAAAGAGCCACAGUAAUGAAUCCCAUCCCCUCCUUAGGUUGUCAUUUAAGAUCUGAGGAUGUACAUUUUUUGUGUAUUUGGGUUGGUAUGAUCCUCACAACUUGCAGGAUCCACACUGCAGUUUUGGGUCAGAAAGACUGGAUUUGUUUACUGGCACAAAUAACAUCAUGAUGUGUCCUGCAGUUUUUGUGAAGGAUGCCAGAGGGAAUCACCUUCUGUGUUUUGUAAUUUGAUCCACUGUUCAAAUAUCUAGUUAUUAAAAUUAUAAAGAAUUUGAGUAACAACCCACUAGAACAGUAGAUAAAAUUUUUACAUGAUAUUAUUACACUGAAAACUUCUUGUUUACUGCCUUGCAAUUUAAUGGCAUCAGGACAGUAUAUUGGUAACAACCUGUGAAAUAUUCAUUCCUUCUGUCCCUUUUCUCACACAUUUGUGUUUCUGGGUGUUCUGUACAGCAAAGAAAGCAUGGUAUUUAUUUCAUGAGGACUAAGAGAUAAAGGCUUGUUUUUCUUUCUAAAGAAUUUUUCUGCCCAUACCUGCAAGUUCUUAAUUUGUGUUUGUAGUUUGUUUUGCUUUAUGGUAUUUAAACUUUAAAUUUGCCUCAAAGGAGACAAGCCCUAUCCUCACCAAGAUUUGUCUUAGCUUUAGUGUGAAUUUUGACUGAGUAAAUAGUACAAGAAUUACAUUGCUCUUUGUAGAUGAAAGCAAUAAAACUACCUAAUACCUCUAAUGGGAAUACAAGCUAAGUAACUUUCUUAAAGUGAUUGAGAUCCCUUUCAAAGUCACUCUAAAGAGGAGGGGAAGACUUUAUCCCUAGGUCAUUGGUAUUUCAUAUCCUACUUGCCCCAGGUAGAAUAUUAGAGUCAUUUCACUCCUAACCAUAUAUGAAACUUGGGAAUCCAAGGCAGAAGGAAUGCCAGGGUGGAAAAAAGUUCAUUUUGAAAGUGAAAUAUCUUUGCCAGACUUCUUAGACUUAAUGGGCAGCUCAUACACUGUGCAGGCUUAAAUACUGGGUUUUAUUCUUACACUUUCUGAUGGAUUUUCUUUUUCCCUGCUCUUUCUAUGAGAGACAGGUUGGGGCUCCGGGCCAUACAGACCUUGUAUGGUCUUGCUCUUGAGAGGACUGGAUUUAUAAUGCUGCUUUUUUGAUGAAAUUGGCUGGCAAUUACACCAGAUUUAGGGAUCAGUGGAAUUUUACAGCAUUUUACAUCCUGGUACUGCAUCUCCUUGCUGGUUCUAGGUGUUUUUCAAGUGAAAACUUUCUGCUAUUUCUUGGAGAGUUCUGGUGUUCCUAUGAUGUGCAAAACACAGGAAAAAAACAAAGUUGAAAGCAUUAAAUGCUACCAAAUGUGGAUGGGGAAACAAAAUAAGAAUCUUGCUCUUGUUUUAACACCUUUUUUAGGUCUGGGAGCUCUGGGUGUUACACAGAGCAUGGUGAGAGUUGCCUGGAUUUUUCAGUUGAGUUUAUUGCAGGCUUUGGUUUGGAGAGCUGAGGUUUGAGACAAGUGCUUAUAGAAUUAACUGUGCCAUAGCUCCAGGCUAAGACAUUCCUGUUGUGAGUGGGAACAGCUGACCUCAUGCUCUGACCUCCACAGGACCUAAGUGGAUUUAUUCAUGUGUUUAAAGUCAGCAUAUGCUUCUGCACAUUGCUAAGCCUCAGCCUUGGUGACAAACAACUCCAGAUUAAUUAUAUAACAAGGGUGAUUACUUUAAGUUAAGGGUGAAUAAUACCACUUCACUCAGGAUAUCCAAACUGCUACUAUGCAAGGUGCUGGCGUGGUGUGAAAAUAGCUGGGAAGGGUGAUCUGAGGUCUUUCCAGUACAAUAACUCUGUAUUUCCCAAUGAUGUGUUAUGCUCUGUAUUAUUCCAGGUGGGGUAAAACUUUUUUUUUUUGUUUUUCCUAGCAUCAACUGUCAUAGUCACUUCUUCUGUGGUGUGUUUUUCUUCCUGUGCAUACAUAAACUCCAGUUGGUGCAAUUAUGGUAUCUAUGAUGUACAGAUUUAUUAUAUCACUACAAAGACCUAAGAGGAUUUUUUUAAAGAAGUUAACUCCUGCUGUACAUACAAUAAAAGCCAAUUGUCUCUG